GAUGGAGGGAAGGCAGCGCCAGCAAAGGAGGCAGCUUCAGCUGCGCAGCAUGGUGGAGGGGAGGCAGCAUCUGUGGAGAAGAAGGCGCCAGCUGCCACCAACACCCAGGAUGGAGGGAAGAACGAGCCUGGGAAGGAGAAAACUCUGGCUGCAGGAGAGCCCAAAGAAGGGAAGGCAGUCCCCGUGGAGGGGAAAGCUCCAGCCGCUGCCAAGGCUCAGGAUGGAGGGAAGGACAAGCCCAUGGAGGAGAAGGGUCCAGCUGUGGGAAAGCCUAAAGGAGGGCAGGCAGAGCCCCCAGAGGGGAUGAGUCUGGCUGUAGCAGAGGCUCAGGGUGGAGGGAAGGACAAGCCCAGGAAGGAACAAGCCCCUAGUGGGUUAGAGGCUGAGUGUGGUGGGAAAGCAGAGCCCACAGAGGAGAAGGCUCCGGCUGCAGCGGAGGCUGAAGGAGGGAAGGCAAAGCCCGUGGAGAAGGCAGCCUUGGCUGCAGUACAGGCUCCGGAUGGAGGCAAAGAAGAGCCUGCAAAGGAGAAAACUAUAGCUCCUGCAAAGGAGAAGGUCCCAGCUGCUGCAAAGGCUCCAGAUGGAGGGAAGAAAGCUGCAAAGACAGAGAAAACCUCAGCUGAUAAAAAGCCUGCAAAGGAGAAGGCUCCAGCUACUGUGCAGGAUGGAGGAAAGAAAGCUGCAAAGGUGGAAAAACCCACAGUUGCAUCAAAGGCUGAGGAUGGAGGCAAAGAAAAGCCUGCAAAGGAGAAGGUCCCAGUGGCUGCAAAGGAGAAGGCCCCAGCUGCUGUAAAGGCUCAGGAUGGGGGGAAGAAAGCUGCAAAGGUGGAACCCCCCCCAGCUGCAGCAGAGGCUGGGGAUGGAGGCCAGGAGCCCACAGAGGCAGCGGCCACGGCUGCCGUCAAGGCUAAGGGUGAAGGGGAGAAAGCGGCAAAGGUGGAGGAGAUGGACAAGCAGCAGCAGCCGAGAAACCCUGGGCCCCCGCGCCCAGCUCUGCUGCAGAGCCUGAGCUGCCCGGCCACCUGCCAAAGGGAGGAGCAGCCCUGGGUAGAGGCAGCAGUGAUGGAGAUGAUACCAGAGGAGACCACAGCAGCGGAGCUCAAAGAGGGUUUGACAGAGCCUGGCCCUGCCCUGCCAGCCCUGGGGGACCGGCAGCCCCUGGAGCCCCCCGGCCCUGCGGGGAGCCCUGGCACCCCACAGGAGAGGACAUUGCCCAGUGCUGUGGGGCAGCACGCAGAGUCCCCUGGCUCUGGGGAGCAACUGUCCUUGACAGAGGCAGAACCACCCCCUAGCCCCUACCUCACCCCUGAUUUUGGGAAGGAAGACCCUUUUGAGAUACUGG